AUGUGCAUCAUGUAUGUGGUUCUUGUGAAUCAUGGAGUAAGAAGCUUCAUUGUUGUGCUUACGCUUAUCAUUGAAACUAGGGCUCGUCUCCCAAUUCAUGUGGCUCACUAUCAUAUAAGGGAAGGAAACCUUACGAUGGUGCCAGGCCAAGGGAAGAGCAAUAUAUGGAAAAAUGGGCUUCCUCCAGGUUUCAGGACAGCCCUUCAAAACAACUUCGUCCCCAAAAUGUAUGAAAUUAUAGACUCUCUUGUAUCUUCAUACCAAAAGUUCAACUUUGCAAAGACCAGUGUAGCAGACAAUACUGUUCUAUUUGAGAAGUCUCUCCAAUCAGAAGACAUACGCUUUAAAAGUUUGCCAACAUUUAGUCAUCUAUCAACUUGA